CCCAGAAAACCGCUCCAGGUCACAGACCUGCACGGAGGCCUGGCUCGCUGCCUGAAGAGGUGUUGGCGAUUACUUGGCUGGGGACCAGUCUGCAGCUCCCCGCCCCUCAAGGAUCACCUAGUUUGGGGCGCAAGGCCAGAGGCAGCCCAGGCCUGGCCUGCAGUUCCCUGCACGGCACUCAGAGGGACAACACCGCAGUUUUGCAGGAUGGUCAGCAGAGGGUGGCAGGCUAGUUAAAUCCCCACUUCUGGCCUGCUAGGGACUGAGUCCAGCCGCCAUGCCCACUUCAGGUUGGCUGGAGAGGAGGCCUCCUACUGUCCGCCCCCCCUGGACCGGUGCUCCCUGGCAUGCAGUCCCUGGCCUCCCCUAACCCUGGGAAAAAACCCCACCUGGGAGCUUCAGUCUCCAAGUUGGGCAUCUCAGAUUCUCCCAUUCCAGUUGUCAGAAACCUGCUAAAAGCCUGCAUACGGUGCUCAGGAAGAGUGUAAGAAGAGCCGCAAAGACCUCGUCCCGAACACCUCUGGGAAGGUGAGCCUGGACCAGAAGAGAAUUGCAAGAGUGCACUGAUCUUCUUGGGAAUGAAGCUACCCACCAAGUCGCGCUUACCCUGGAUUUGCUAACAGCUUUUAAAACUUUUUCAUGUACAGAGGAACAUUUUCAGACUCCUAUCAAGCUGGCUUCUCCUGACAACUUUUGGAGGAUAUGAAAAGGGCCAGAAAAUAAAGCAGUGCUUCCCUGGGCGCCUGCCACACCCGCUAGGAUGUUUCUCAUGAAUGCCCCUCCAGUGGUCUCGCUCCAGUCCAAAUGGGAGGCCUUUGGCCCACCUGGGAGCUUUAGGUUUCCUGGGUGCUUCUCGGAAUCGAAAGAAGACGUUGCCAGAGCCUCGGUGAGUGCCAAGGUGCAGAUGAUCAUCAGCACGCUGCAGCAGCACGACACGGUGCCCCUGGGCAUGAGCGAUGAGCGCAGAGAAGCACAGAGAAGCCAGAAGGCAGAGAGGUGCCGUGAUGCUAGGCUGGCCACCAGCCCCUCUGCAUGCAAAGAGCAGUCCCCCGCAUUUGCUGCCUGUGGCCUGGCUGCCCGCCAGGGGAGCCCUCCAGGGGAGGAGGCAGCUGCAGACUUGGGCCCCCUGGGGCUAGACUCAGACAGCGAUGACUCUGUGGACCGUGACAUCGAGCAGGCCAUCCAGGAGUACCUGAAGGCCAGGAAUGGAGCCGCGCAGCCUCCCUCUGUGGGUGCCCAGCCUGGCAGGGUCUCUCCUGGCAACAGCAGAUGCAAACCAGAGCCUCCCAACAGCAGCACCCCACCUGCCCUGGGUCCCCCAAAACUUGCCCCAGUCUUGGGCAGUAUUUCUGGCAUCUCUGUGGCAGCUGGUGAGGACCAGGGCUCUGCCUCCCCCGUCAGUGUGAGCAGCGAGGAUUCCUUCGAGCAGAGCAUCCAGGCGGAGAUUGAACAGUUUCUGCACAAGAAAAGACAACAUGAAAACCCUCGGUGUGAGGCAUCUGUAGACAGAAACCCUGACCCAAAUGAAAACGCAGUCAGAGCAACACUGAAAACCAACAAAGAGCCCCCCAUCAAGACGGCCCCUCGGCAGGAUCUGAGGGGAACCUCUAAGGAGUUUCUGUUCCGCAAGCCUCCCCGGUUAGUGAAGGUAAUUUCCCAGCCCAGGAGCCUCAGGGCUAAGGUCCUCCCUGAGCCCGAGACCAUGGGCAGCGCGAGGCUGGCUGUACCCAAAGCAGAAGCAGCACAGAGUAAAGGUGGUGUGAGGAGGAGCGCAGGGGCGGGGCGGAGGGGCAGGCAGGCCAGGAGCCCAGCCCUGGUGUGCGAGGCGUCAGACUCCAGCAGUGACGAUGGCAUCGAGGAAGCCAUCCAGCUGUAUCAGCUGGAGAAGACCAGGAAAGAGGCUGCUGGGGACACACUGCUGAGAGCUCAACCCAGAGAGGAGACGGCGCCCGACUUCCCUGCAGGCGGCACAGGCAGUGGCGUGAAAAGUGUCCUGCCUGAAGCCCCCCGGAGAGCACCAAGCAAGAAGAAGCCAGUAGCCCUCAAAGCCUCGGACCCUGGGUUAGGGGCUCUUGACCUGGACCACUCCUCCAAGCUCCUGAAGGAUGCCAAAGCCUCUGCGCCUCCCGCAAACACCGUCACCAAGAGCGAGUGUGGGGAACGGAUGUCAUGCCGGGCAGACUCUUCUGCGGAGCUGAUAUGUGCCGAAGCAAUCCUGGACAUUUCCAAAACCAUCCUGCCGGCCCCCAUGGAGAGCAGUGACAGGCCACCCUCUGCAAGCCCACACUCGCAUUCCCCAGAUGUGCCUUCCCACUUGGAUGGCGAUAGCAGCUCCGUGGACAGUGACGACAGCAUCGAACAGGAAAUCCGGUCGUUUCUGGCCCUCAAAGCGCAAUCUGGGAGUGUGCUGGCCAGGGCCGAAGGCUCCCCUCAACCUACACAGGGCCUGCUGCUGCUGCCUGCCCCCAACAGCCAAGCCAGCGACCCCAAGGUACCUGCAGCUCACAAAACGCCAGACCUGUCCCCAAGCUGCAAGAGGAAACGGAGAGGAGGCAGCAACACCGUGAGGCUGUCCACACCCAAGAAAACGAGGGACGUGACAGAAGGUACCCAGGAUGGUGACUGCAGCCAGAGCGGGGCCCAGCCCAGCCAGGAUAUUCGGGAUCCACCCAACCAGGGAGAAGCCGGCGAGCUGCCAGCGAGGGAAGGCGAUGCCAAAGUCCAACCUGUGCCCCCCAAGACGGUCGGGCUUGGUGAUGUGCCCCUGUCUGAAGGCCCCAAGGGUGCUGCAAAGACAGAAGAGGGGCAGAGUGUUGGUGAGAAAGAGAGUUCGGAAGACAAGAGCAGCUCGCUGGACAGUGACGCGGACCUGGACACAGCCAUCAAGGACCUGUUACGAUCCAGACGGAAGCUCAAGAAGAGGAGCAGGGACCCCCGAGCCAGCUGCAAGAAGAAAGUCAGGUUCAGCACCACCGAGACGCGGUUCAUGGAGCGACUGGGUAGCCUCCCCGGACACUGGAAAGACAGAAGCCCGCGGGUGCUAAGGAGCUGCCUGUCCAAGUCCGGCCGGGACAGCAGGGCUGGUCAGGGGAGGCAGCUGCCAGGUGUCUUCAGCAGCACAGCAGAAAUCAUGAAGCCGGCCAGCCUGGGGGAUGAGGAUGCAACCCCUGGCUUCCCAUCACGGAGAGCCCCAGAGGGACCUUUGUUCUCCAGGGAGAUGGGGACUCCAGACAUGGUCCGUUCGGCCCUCAGCACCAGCUCCCUGUCUGAGGACAGUUCAGUGGACAGCGACGACAGCAUCGAACUGGAGAUUCAGAAAUUUUUGGCAGAAAAGGCCAAGGAGUCAGUGAGUAUUUCUGAAAUUCACGGAGAGGCCCCCACUACCCUGGGAACGGAGGGUCCGGCCAGGCCGGAGGUGCUGUGCAGGAGAGAGCUGGCCCCAGCCGUGCAGCACGGGGUUUGCACACGGAGCCAAAGGGCCAGGGGCAGUGGCCCUCAGCCUGUGGAUGGACCAAGGGCUGUAGAAAGAGCUGGGGUGCAGGGCACAGCCAGUCUCUUUGGUCCAAGUGGGAAGGGCACCCCCCGCAACGAGAGUGCCCCUCGCGUCCCUGCUGCCCUGGGCAGAUGUGAGCCAGCACAGCCCAAGAGCACCAGUGGGACCAUCUCUGCCAAAGGUUCCCCGGCGAGCUGGAAAAGCGUCUAUGCUCACAAAGACCAGAGCCCAAGGGGGGCCGAGCCUGCCACUGUGGAAAGCAUGUUCGGCCAGCUGCCCAGCUGUGCCAGAGCGGCAGCAGCCGAGGCCGGAAGCACUGGAGGAAGUUUCCAUGUGAACUACGGGAGCCAGAGCUUGCUGACCCCCAGCCCAGGACACCAGGUCGACCUGUCUCUCCCCUGGAGCAACCUGGCCCACCAGAGCAGGCUGCCCAGCCCAUGGGUGCUGAACUCGGAUGGCCGAGGCCUGGUGUGGACAGGGGGCCUUGGGGCCGAGAGAGAGGGAGCAGCUGAGGUGCAGGCCAGGGGCCCACCUGGCCUCUCCUCAGACCCCAGGAAGGGCCCGGCCUUCCCAGGUUUCCCUUCUCUGCUGUCCAACCAGCUGUUUCACUUUGGGAAGAGUGUCCCCUGGGGGGCCACUCAGACCGGCCUCUUCAGUGCCCCCCUGAGCCUGCCUCUGCAGGGGCCCUCCUUCUCGGCCUUCAGAGAGACCCCGGCCAGCCACGGCCCUGUGUUUGGAAGCCCAAACCAGGUCACAAAGGACAGUGGACACUGGCCCAACAGGAAGGCCCAGGCCAGGCUUGGUCUGCAUAAGAAGAACUCAGGUUCAGAGGAGAACAUUUUAGACCUGAGGUAUCCACACAGGGUCACUGACAGGGACGACCAGGACCAGGAGGCCUUGGGCAGUGAUGCCAGCGAGUUCAGUGACACCUCUGUGGAGGAUGGUGGCGGCGGCAGCUCUGUGGUAAAGGGCAAAGUCCUCAAGUUGUGAUAGGUGGUUCUGGUCCUGGUUCUGUCCCACCCGUGGACAGCAGUGGGUGCCCGUGUGUGUGCAUUUGUACAUGUGUGCGUGCAUAGGUGAUGCAGUCACAGAGGGUAAAUCAGAGUCCCCUGUCCAUAGGAGCCCUGUACAUAUGUGCACUAACACGGAACGGAUGUUUUUAUUUAACAGAUUAUAGCCCAGUAAAUAUGAUUUUUGUAGCUUUUUGUAAAAUAUUUAAAGUGCUGUAAAAAUAUUUUUUGAACAAUACUGUCGGUUGAUACUGUAACUUUCGUUUUUUGUGUUUGGCAUACAAGUUGUGGAUAAGGAAAUAUUUGGUGGUUAUGUCACCAUGGGGGACCAAGCCUAAGCCUGGUCUCUGGGCACAUGGCCGGUGUGAAACCUAACCCUGGAAGGUGACGGCUGCUCUGUCCUGAACUAGGGAAGUGCAUGCCCGAGGUGUCAGUCGGAAAACUCCUGCAACAGCACUGAAGAACACCCUGGUGUCUAGCAGUCGGCGCACUUCCCCUGAAACCGCAGCCCUAACCUUGAAAAGCACAGCGGCCAGUGAGGUGGUGCCCAGGGGAGCACUGUCUCAUGCAGGAGUCAGCUGAGGCCACCCCCCCUCCCCGGGUGGUGCUCACUGUGCCGCUGGGCCCAGAGCCUGGCCUGGUCAUCCCGUGUCCAGCUCAUCGGUCACGAGGUGGCGAGCAUCUCCAUAAGCCCCUGCCCACCCGGGCUCUGCACUGUAGUCGUGCUUCUGAAAGGCAGCAGCACAUGGGUGUUGUGACCGUCCUGUUCUUGGUCUGUGCGUGUGAGUGGACAAACACCAGCUGUUAGGUGGUUGGUCCCCAAAGGCUGACGGAGAGCCCGCUGGGGACAGGGCUCCCCUCAGGACCUGGAAAAUAGUUGGGGAUGUGGUUUUCUGUGGCUGCCAUGCCCAGGCAGUGGCCCCUGUGCUUGGUGUUAACAGGCUCUGACCUCCUGGCCUUCUGCCCUGAGACCCUGAGGUGCCUGUGGCUUCUUGGAGAUGGAAGCCAUCCUGGACGCUGGAGGCCGCUCACCCUGAGUGUGGCAGUUCGCCGUCACAUGCAGCUGCAGUGCAGCCUGCUGUAGCUGAGUUUGGUCCUGUUCUAAGGUGAGAGUAGAUUUUCUAACCUUGGGCCACUUUGAAGCCCAAACGCGGACACACGUGUCUGCUAGGUUGUCACUGUGAGGAAUGAGACCUGCUGUCCCUUCUCUGUCCUGAGCCGUCUUGUACUUGUGAUAGCCUUGUUGUGACGUAUUCGUUCACUUAAGUGCUUCUGGGAAGAAAAAGAAAAAAUUCCAUGUAACCCAUGGUGUAACUUUAAUUUUUUUAAAGAGUGCUUUUAAUCCCUGCCAAAAAAAGGUCAGCUUGUUUUGUAUAUAAGAACUGUUUUCUUUUUUUUAAUGAAUAAAUCCAGCACUACCCACAAA